CAUACACAGAAAGUUGCAAAACGAUAUAUUCGUAUCAGAGAAUUUAUUGUAAAUCUAGUUCUACAAUGCGGAGGUAUAAAAUUAAUGGAUAAGAAGGUUAUUUUAUUCAUAUAUUACAAUCAUAGAGAAUUCGACCAUUCAACUACAAGAAGAAUCAUAAAGAAUGACAGGAGAAAAGCGCCAACCAAAGAUUCAGCAACAGGCAUGGUUGCGGCUGAUUCACUAGGAGCAGCAGCUGCUGGUGUGGGAACUGAUGCAGAAGGACCUGGAGCUGGUGCAGGAGCUAACGCAUCCUUCGCCAUAGUUGCGGUCAUGGAGGCAGCUAGGAUGAGGACAGCGCAUAAGAUCAUCUUCAUAUCCAUGGCGAGAAGGUUGAGUAAAUUGGUAAAAUAGAACUCGAAAAUGAGAUCUAAUCACCGGAAACGCGAAGCCUUGGAGAUGAAGAAGUGAGUAAAGGGUUUUUCUUAUUUGCAAUCCUGAAGAGAACUAUAGGGUGAAGAGGGGUUAUAUAGGGAGUCUGUUGAGAAUUUGUCUGGUUUUUUGAGGGUUGUGUGGAUGAAUUUGAAUGAGAAAAAGCUGGCGAAGGGUGUGGUAAUGUUAGGUAAUUAAUUACACUGGGCAGCUAUUUGUAGUUCUGUGAUGUUCAAUUAGUUAUAAUAAUAUGACUUGUAAAAGCCUUUUUGAGGUUUUAUUUUAUAUACUCCUUGUGGGAUUUUUUAUUUUGAGCAUACCCCCUUUUUAUUAAA